UGGUGGUUUUUAAGCAGGGAAGUUAUGCAAUAUGACUUCUACAGCUCUGUGGAGAAUGAGAAUAGCAGCCAGGAGGCCAGAUGUGCUGGUGGACGGACAGCCCUGUGACUGUGAGGCCGCGGCCUGCCGGGUGGGCGACCCCGUGCGUCUGGAGGUGCGGCUGACCAACCGGAGCCCACGCAGCGUGGGGCCCUUCGCCCUCACUGUCGCGCCCUUCCAGGACCACCAGAACGGAGUGCACAACUACGACCUGCACGAUGCCGUCUCCUUCGUGGGCUCCAGCACAUUCUACCUGGACGCGGUGCAGCCUGCAGGCCGGUCGGCCUGCCUGGGAGCCCUGCUCUUCCUCUACACGGGCGACUUCUUCCUCCACAUCCGCUUCCACCAGGACAGUGCGAGCAAGGAGCUGCCGCCGUCCUGGUUCUGCCUGCCCAGCGUGCACGUGCGCGCCCUGGAGGCACAGGCCUGAGCCCUGUGGCCCUCCUCUGGGGCCCCGUUCCUGUGGGCAUGGGUGACCCGGCAGCCACGGGGGCCCGGCCUAGCCCCCACCUUCCCUCCGUCAGUCCCCACCCUUCCCCCCCAACUCCUGUGAGUGCCCCAGACACGGCAGCCUCACCCCUUCCCGAACUGGCCAGCAGGGCCCUCUGCUGGAGCUUGGCACUAACCAGACCCCAGAGAGCAGCACCCAUCCAGACCAGCCCCCUCUCGCCCCCCACCAGGUCCCUGCACCUGUUGCUGUGACCUGGGGGUCACAGCCCAGCCAGGAGAAAGGAAAGGUGAGUGUAAGGGAGGGCCAUGGCUCGGUGGGGCCUGGGGAACCUUUCCUGAGCCCCCUCAGACCUGGCCCUCCCCCACUCCCAGUGCUGGCUCUUCUCCUGAGGGCCCCGAGGCAGCCCAGGCAGGAGAGGUGGGUCUGUGCAUCAAGCAGGUCCAUCUGCCCCCCACAGCAGGCAGACAUCCAGGCCUCUGCCAGCUAUCCCGGGCCCAGGGCUGUUUCCAGGCUGGGCUUGGGGUGCCGUGGCCUGCGUGUGUCCGUGACAAGUUCUCCAAUAAACGGCCUGCCUUGCUUCUC